UUACCCCGGAUUUCAUUCUAUUAUCUCAUUAAAUAACCCCCCCGAACUACCACUACCACCUCCACCUUCACCUCAUAAUACCAUCAUGCGACUGUGGCCUCUUCAAACCUCUACAUAAAUAUCCAACCCCUUGUACGGCCAUUCUCUUUUUUCUCUUUACUGUGCAUGUAUCGUUAAAUUCAAUAUCUACUACAGCUCCCCAGACGGCUACAGAUAGUUAAUUACCAACAUUCAAAAUGGUCAACACGGCACUUCUUUAUACUACAGCUGCAGCUUGGUUGUGUGCUUUGCCCGCUGUUCAUGCUGGAUUGUACCCAAAGAGUUCAGCUGUGUUGUCAAUCGAUGGAAAGGAUUAUGAUCGUAUGAUCGCUCAGUCUAACUAUACUUCCGUAGGUCUUUCUCGUUCCUUGUUAUACAGCACAUCAGUCUUUAACAUUCUGUCGCACAGAUUGUCGAAUUCUACGCUCCAUGGUGUGGACAUUGCAAGAACCUUCAACCUGCAUACGAAAAAGCUGCCAAGAACCUUGCCGGCCUCGCAAAAGUAGCAGCAGUCAAUUGCGAUGAGGAAUCAAAUAAAGCUUUCUGCGGAGGAUUUGGUGUGCAAGGUUUCCCUACUCUCAAGAUUGUUAAACCUGGAAGCAAGCCCGGAAAACCCAUCGUUGAAGAUUACAACGGACCACGAACUGCAAAAGGAAUUGUCGAUGCAGUUGUGGAUAAAAUCCCAAAUCUUGUCAAGAAAGUUACGGACAAAGAUUUGGAGGGUUUCCUGGCUGAUGCGAACGACACUUCAAAGGCAAUUCUGUUCACUGAUAAAGGAAAAACAAGUGCCACGUUGAAAGCCAUCGCCAUCGAUUUCAAGGGUAGUAUCAAGGUGGCACAAAUCAGAAACACAGAGAAAGCAUCUGUUGAGUUAUUUGGCAUCACUGAGUUUCCUACACUUAUUUUGUUACCUGGGGGUAAAGCAGCUGAGGGAAUUGUGUAUGAUGGUGAAUUAAAAAAGGAUGGCAUGGUCAAGUUUCUCACGCAAGCUGCUGAACCCAAUCCGGACCCACCAGCAGCAAAAGCAAGGGCUCCAAAAUCCAAUGCAAACAAAAAGUCUUCAUCGAAAGCAAAGAAAUCUUUUGAGUCUGCAUCAGAAUCUCACGCCAAAUCUGAGAAGCCUGUGACCCAAACAGACGAAACAAUAGAAGACCAACCAACCGAAUCACCAUCACCGGAGGUCGAAACAGAGAAACCCAUUGUUCUUCCACCGGCACCAGCGAUUCCUGUUCUUAAGACCGAAGACGAUCUCAAGAAGAAUUGUCUUGGUCCCAAAACUGGGACAUGUAUUCUUGCACUCCUUCCAGAUACAGCAAACGAGAUUACGGAUUCGGCUUCUACUUCCUUGGCUGAAGUGUCCCAUAAGCAUCAUCUACACCAACGAAAGUUAUUCCCAUUCUAUAUCCUGUACGCUGAAAACUCUGGGUUCUCUCAGAUCAAAGAUGUUCUAGGACUGAAAAGUGAUGUUAACGUCGUUGCCCUUAAUGGACGACGGAAUUGGUAUCGAACUCUGUCUGGCAAGGGGAAUUCUCUAGUGGCUGAAGAUUUGACAAUCGAAGCGAUUGAAAACUGGGUCGACGGUAUCAGGUUGGGUGAGGGUGAGAAGAAAAAGAUUCCAGAAGGUCUCAUUCCUGAGGAGGUUGAGGAAACCGUUGUGGAAGAGGCAGCUCCGGAACCGGAACCAAAAGCUGCAGAUGAGCCUUUGAUAGUCGUUGAGGAGCUUCCGGAAGAUUGGGAACCGUCAGCUCCAGAGCCUGAGAUUAAGCAUGGGGAACUCUAAGCAGUUGUAUGAAAAGGAGUUUUUGAAAUUUAUAGGGGAGAUUGGCACGUUAGCUCACGUUUCCUGGGAUGAUAGUUUCCAUCAUUUGUUUGAAUUUUGCAAUUUUACCAUAAUACCAUCCAUCAUUCAUUCUGCAAUUAAAUGAUGCAUGCGCCGAGC